AUAUCACAUAUCACAGAACAUAUUACAAUAUUUAUAAAUUUAUUUUUAAUUUUUCUUUUUUGCUUUCGCGUAAAGUUUCGCGCACUUUUCGAUUCAAAGAACUGAAUUUAAGCAUUAGCGUGUUCCUAGAUGGCAGAAGCGUAUACGAUUUUUAAAUCGAUUUAUGUGAUUUUAGCGCGAAAUUACGAUAAAAAAAAUUAUUCUUUGUCACAGAGAAAAGAUGUAGAUAUCGUUACUUUACGAAAGAGUAACGAUGAGAGCGAAAUACUUCAUAUGUGAUGACGAGGAAAUCGAGGACCUGAAUCUAAAUAAAUCGAUCAGUAAAUAGAUCUAGCAUUCUUCCUACUGUUUUACGAUUGGAUAAUGAGGGGAGCAGGGGACGAGAGGAUGAGGGGAGAAGAGGCCGUGUAUUUGUGGCGUUCAAGUCGGUAGCUACGAUUGCCUUCUGGCAAACAUUAUCGUGACACCGUUUUGUGCGUGUUGAAGAGUUAGUGGAGUUCGUCGAUCGAUGCUACCACGGUAUCGACCGGUUCGGUUGAUGACCGCGCGCUUCUGAUCCAUGAAUUCAGUGAUAUAAUUUUUCUCGGUGUGCAAUAUCCUGUGCAUCGUGAUAUAACAAUUCUGUGACUAUUCUUCGCGCAACAUACUGGCAAGUAACUCACGAAUCAUUGAGUAAAUUCUCGCAUCGACUAGACUAUAUUCGUUUCGCUAUGCGAUCACUUCCGCGUACAUGAUGUAGAACAAUAUGGCUAUCAACAUAAAAUUCACAAAAUUCGAUAACACACCAUGGGGAUUUCGAUUGGCGGGUGGAAGCGAUUUUCCACAACCAUUGACUGUCAUCAGAGUAACAGAGGGAAGUUUGGCGGAAUGCAUGGGUUUAAAAGUCGGCGACGUGGUGGUAAGAUUAAACGAUCAACCCAUUAGUUCUUUAACCCACGGCCAGGCGCACGAGGAAUUAAUGCGAGCAGGAAAUAACUUUGUUCUCGGUGUGCUGAGACAAGAAGAUUUUGUCAAGGCUGCGGAGGCGCUGUCCGAGGAGAACAUCGUCCCUUAUAAGAUCCCUCUCGCAGAUUUGCCACCAGUCUUCCCGGAGCAAAUCUUGAAGGAGGAGACUGUGAUCGAACGUCACGAGUAUGAGAUAAAGACGCGGGAGGAGGAAGAGGGGCCAAAGGAGGUGGAACCGCUCCCUGAGAAGCCGAAAGACGCCAACAGCGAGAUCGUGCCGAAUCAAAACCUCACGGACGACGAGAUCGCGCAAUUGAUCCUCGGGGAAGAGGAACUUUUGGACGAUAAAGGCGUUUUGGGGGUGAACUUUAAGAAACUGAGGCCACGCGUCACGGUUCUGAAGCAAUCCAAGGUUAUAGAAGAGCUUCAGAACAUAGCCACCGCCGAGCCACCGUUGGUCGAGCAGUUGAGGCGCACCUCGGUUUUCCUUCAGAAACCGGAGCGGCCGAUACCGACACCCCGCAAGAAGGAGGGGGAGCAGGAAGACAGGGAGACGGAGUCUUACAAAGUUGUGAUAAAGAAGCAGAAAAGGAGAAGCGUGACCGACCGGCUGCUAGAGAGGGGCUUGCUGAAACCGGAGGGCGCGAGCACCCCGGAGCCCUUCACUCCCGAGGUAAACAUGGAAAGUAAGGCGGAAAAAGUCGAGGAGGAGGAGGAGGAGGAGGAUUCCUCGAUCCUCGAUCCCCGAUCUGCCACGUGCUCGCCGCUCGACGAUGAUCCCCGAGUAUCGGUCCAACGUGUCGGUCCCCGUUCUUCUUCCCUGUUCGAGACUCGUGCGCACGAUGUGGAAACGGACGGAGCGACGGCUUCACGUUGCCUCUCACACCGCGAGAGGGUAGCUUCGAAGAGAGGUUCUCGCACGAGUGUUCGCUUUCCAAGGCGUUUGUCGUUGGGCAAGUGGAGGCACGUUGCGGUUAAAGGGAGUAAAUGUUGGUUGGGUGCAGUUGGACGAGGCGUGCAGGUGUCGAGGGGUCGGAGAGGACUCGCAACGAGUCGCCGUGGCGUGGAGAAAUGUUCGAAAUCGAGGAGGAUCGAAGGUCGUUCGUACCUCGAGACGUACUUGAGGCGAGAGGAGGAUAAUUGGCGAGUGGUCGACGGGAUGUUCGGGAGGAGGUGCGAGGCGAGGUGCUGCUUCGUUGAAUCGUCGUCGAGGAAGACAGAUCGGGUGGAGGAGAGUCCCGUUCGCGGUGUAGAAUUGUCUCGUCCCCGUUUAUUUCCCGAUCGACGAUAUUUCGACGAGAGAUCGCGCCGACGUAUCCUACAUUUCAAGGGUCGUUACGUUCAACGUAUCCUUCGGCGCGAUGCUGUCCCUCGUUCGUUCAAUCGUAUCCUCGACGCGGCGUUGUCCUUGAAGCGAAAUCUUCGCGCAAGAGGAGAAAAUUCGAAAGAUUGGACUUGGUAUCUCGCGGAAAACGCGUCGUUCAAUCGUUCCUGUGCUCGUCCGAGAAAGAAGUUUACAUUUCGAGCUCGUUACGUCGAACGUAUUCUGGAAAAGCAGUUCGAGUGCCUCGGUUUAAUCGCGAACCGCGUUCGACGCCAACUUCUCCAACUCGUCCGAUCCGAUUCUUCCCGGAUGAUCGUUCCAUCCCUCUCAUCCUUCAACUCGCGCCACGCGUCGUCGUCUCUUUCGCCCGCGGGGGAAGGCGGUGUCCUUUCCGAUCUCGUCCGUUCGUCCAAAGAUUACAUCUCGGCCGAGAUUUUUCAUCGUGGAAGCAGACGAUCGAGAUCGUCCAGAGCCUCGAGCGGUGUCUCUUCCGAUCCGUUGGACGACGGUUUUCGAACGUUCCUUCCGAUCGAUCGAUCGUUUCACGACCAACGUUUCGGGGAGGGGGGGAGGGGAAGCGACAAGACGAAAGCGAUCGAGGAUAACGAUCGAGAUGGACGCAGGCUAUCCUUCGUCCCGACCAUCCUCUACGAAAGUUUGACAAAUCGCAUAGGGGUUGAUUUCACGAGAUUGGUGGCGUACGCGUUCGUCCCUUGUACCUCGAUCAUAUUGCUCUACAUGUACAAGUAACGCAUCGUGUACGUGCGUAUCUAAAUGAUAAUUUUCGAGACGGUACGGAUUAAUUAUUACGAUUAUGUU